AUGCCUCCUCGCAAGGCGGCUCCUUCAGAAGACGAGGACAGUCAAGGGUCAGAAGCUCCUCCAUUGAAGAAACACAAGGCUUCGGCAGCGGAUUCCGAGGUGCGCGUCCCACGCAAACGAGUAGCCAGCAAUAAACAAACUGUGCUGGAUACAAACACCGUUAACGCCAAUGCAAAGAAGGUUCAAGACCUUGAAAAAAAGCUCGCAAAGGCAAGACAAGUUGCGAAAAAGACCAAAUCUUCGCAGCCUAGUGAUGAUGAGGAGUAUGAAAGUGAGGAGCCUUUGGACGCCAGAGAUUUUCGAGGCUUUCAUACUUCGAUUACCCAACUCGCCGCUGUGGCCAUAUCCUCCAAACCAACUACCCAACUGCGCCGCUCCAAUAUUACCCAGGAACGAGCAGCUCUAUCAAUCCCAACCUCACACCUCUCCAAUCGUACAUUUCUCAAGGUACCCCACAAGCCGGUGUCUGCUUCACCCGAGCCUGUCGAUCACGAAAGCCUUGCCCGAAGCUCCCCGUCUCGUCAUACCUCCCCAUCAAGCCCUGGAUAUGCAGGCGAUGCGGUGGCAUCCUCGGAUAGUCAAUCCCAGCGCUCUUCGUUGCCACCGCCAUCCACCCAGCGCUCCUUGCCACCUCCCUCCACCCAGGUACGGAGAAAGGAAUCUUUCCCCGCUGCUGAACUCCUUGACGGUGUUAUGAGCAGUAGCCGUGCAAAAGCAUCUGACUAUAACGAUGUCGUGAACGCCAUUCUUGUGCGAACUAUGUUCGACUAUGAAGGUUUAGUUUCAACCCACGACGCUUUCCCAAGUUCUGAUCUACGUCGCCAAUGGGCUUUGCGCUGCUGGAAGAUGGCAUCCAAGGACGCAGAUGAGUUCUACAACCUAUCAGAUAGAAUGUGCAACCUCAUCAAGAGGCGUGGCUCGCGCAUUCGCGGCCAUGUCCUGGCAGUUGUUCGACCACAAAUCAUCGCAAUCUACGGGUUCAGUCGCAAAGUCACUCCACAAACCAAAGCCCGCAACAAGCAAUCAUGUGAGGCGCUUUUGGAAAACGGGGCGUUUCAUCACAAGGAUACCGGCACUCUCACUGGGUUUAGUCAGAACAAGAUUAUCUCUGAGAUCUUAUACCUCGCGUGGUUUGAAGACAAGACGUCUCAAGGGCCACUCCUCCAGCAUUACUUUAACCCUAUCCCACUUGAAACACUUGCACUUAUCUUCACCGUGAUUGAUUUCUGUUUACGCGAGUGGUCUACGGGGGUUUUUAUCCAAUCAAAAUUCUACGAAAAGGUCGUUCUCGCCACCCAUAAAGCGUAUCGCCUCGAGCUUGAGGCGUGGAAUGCUAUCAACCCUUCUGUCAUUGAAAAUAUCCGCAAGAAGCUAUUCAACCGUGCACUUCGCAGUGCAGGUGUGUUUGACGCCAGCUUGAAGAUACCCUCUUGCCUUCAAGAUGCUAUCAAGGACCGUGUACAGAUGGAGCUCGACGGUCGAACCGGUGAGACGGAUAGUGAAGUUUCGGAUGUUUAG